AUGGCAGAAACAACAUACAGCGAUGAAUUAAAAAAAGCAGUGUGUUCUAUUACUACAGUAUUGUGUGACGUACUGUUGGAGAUAUGUGAAGAAGAAUCGAAGAAGAGAAAAAGAAAAGUUUGGGUUAGAAAUUGGAUGGAUAAAAAGAAAUGCAGAGCAUCAGAAACAAUUAUAAGAGAACUUAGAGACAAUGAUCCACUUGAAUUUAAGUCUGUUAUCAGGCUUGCACCCGAACAGUUUGAAGAGUUGUUACUUAAGAUAAGUCCGAUAAUAAGCCGUGCUGACUUUUAUGCGCCCAGCUUUACCUGCCAGGCUAAAGUUAGAAUUAACCCUAGCAUUCUUGGCCUCAGGAACAAACUCUAG